UAUUCCCUAAACACUUCCAUCGCGGAGACCCUGGCUUUCAAGUGUCACCUUCCGUAAACCCUCACUGUUUUCUUUUUCUCUGUAGCUUCACUUUGUUAUAGUUAGUACUUUUACCCUAAACAAUCUCUCUCACUCUCUCCCCCUUCGCGCUAAAACCCUAGAAACUUCUCAAUUCUAAUACAAUGGCGGAAACGAUACAGCUGACUCAGCACAUAGAAGCAUUCAUUGACGCUUCUCGAUCGACAACUCAACAGGCUGCAAGUUUAGAUGCAAUUGCUUCUCUUGUGAGAAAAGACGUACUAACAUUAGAAACACUGGUUACAGAGAUGGAAAUGUACUUAACUACUACAGAUAACGUUAUUCGUGCAAGAGGUAUCCUUCUUCUUGGGGAACUGCUUAGACAUCUGGUAUCAAAGCCACUGGACAGUGCUACUAUGCAUAGCCUGAUUGGAUUCUUCACAGAAAGACUGGCAGAUUGGAGAGCUUUACGUGGGGCCCUUGUUGGUUGUUUAGCAUUGAUGAGGCGUAAAAAUGAUGCUGGUAUGAUCACCAUCACUGAUGCAAAAGAAGUUGCAAAGUCUUAUUUACAGAACCUGCAAGUGCAGUCUCUAGGACAGCAUGACCGGAAGCUUUGCUUCGAACUUCUGGAGUGCCUUUUGGAAUGCUAUCCUGAUGCUAUUGCUGCACUGGGUGAUGAUCUUAUUUAUGGAAUCUGUGAAGCCAUUGAUGGAGAAAAGGAUCCUCAGUGCUUAGUGUUGACGUUUCACAUUGUCGAGCUUCUGGCAAAAUUGUUCUCUGAUCCGUGUGGUCUGCUUGCUGGUUUUGCCGGUGACAUUUUUGACAUUUUGAGUUGUUACUUUCCUAUCCAUUUUACACAUCCAAAAGGUCAGGAGGUAGAUGUGACAAGGAAUGAUCUUUCAAGGGCUCUAAUGCAAGCGUUUUCAUCCACACCUAUUUUUGAGCCAUUUGUCAUUCCUUUGCUUCUUGAAAAGCUUUCUUCUUCUCUGCCAGUAGCAAAGGUUGACUCGUUGAAAUAUCUCAGUGAUUGCACUUUGAAGUAUGGAGCAGAGAGGGUGGCUAAACAUCAUGUAGCUAUUUGGUCUUUGAUAAAAGAUACAAUAUGUACUUUUCACACAUCUGUUUUGUCCUUUGCUCCAGAAUCACUUAAUGGUGUGGAGUUUCAGGAGAAUGAAAUUGUAACAGAAUCUCUACGUCUUCUACAUGCACUUGUUAUGCAAAAUCCUUCAUUCGUAAGUUUAAUUAUUGCUGAUGAAGAUAUAAACACAAUCUUCAGUAGCAUCACUAGUUAUCAAAGUUAUGGAGAAAUUCCCCUGCAAAAUAAACAGAAGCUACAUACUGUUGCUCGAAUUCUUUCUGUGUCUAUCAAGGCUUCAAUUGCCUCCUGCAAUCUGGUUUAUCAGAGCUCUUUCACCCGCUUAAUGGACAUUCUGGGACUUUCAGUGAGAAGUUCUUCUGAUGACUGCUUACCCAAUUACAAUUGCACGAUCUCCAGAAGACUUAAUCAUGGAGCUCUAUGUCUUUGUAUUGAACUUCUUGCGGCAUCCAGAGACUUAAUUCUGGGAUCUGAAGAACUUGUGUCAAAAUCUGUUUAUGGAGAUGAGAUAUGGUGCUCCUUAUUAAAAAGCUUUUCGGCUUUGUUAAUUGAAGCCUUCACCUUUUCUAUCAUGGUUACUAAUGAAGAUGGUGAUGAUGGAGAUAAAUAUCUUGGAGUAAAAGGUUUGCAGAUUCUGGGUACCUUCCCUGGUGGCUGUUUACUAAUAUCAAAUAUCAUGUUUGAGAGAAUCUUAAUGGUGCUUCUCUCGGUUGUCACUGAGAAUUAUAACGAUGAGUUGGGCUGGAAACUGGCAUUAAAGGGACUUGUCAACAUUGGCUCAUCUAUCAGGAGAAGUCACGAGUCUGAAAAGGCACAGAGCUAUAUGAGUAUUGUUGUUGAAAAAGUCAUUUCAUUGUCUUCUCUCACUGAUGAUGUCCCAUUUCCUCUCAAACUGGAGGCAGUUUCUGACAUUGGAACUAGUGGAGUGGAUUACAUGCUGAAAAUUGUUAAGGGACUGGGAGAAGUUCUCUGUGCCAAAAUUUCUGAAGUUUAUGUAUGUAUCAAAAUAAGUUCUCUACUUGGUUCUUUCCUGAUGGAUAACAUCAUUGACUCUGAUGACAUCUUCGUGCAAUUUGCUGCUAAUAUCUGGAACCAAGUUGAAAGUUGCAUGGAUCCUAAGAUUCAAAUCCAUGAAGAAGAAGUUCUUGAUGAGGCAAUGAUGGUCAUGAAGCUUGUUGUUGCCGCUUGUUCAGUGGACAGCCAGAACAUAAUAAUCCAGAAAGCUUAUGCCGUACUUUCAUCAAGCACAUUUGAUUUAAAGAAAUCAACAACCAAUAUGCCAAUUUGCCUGGAUGGUCCAAAGAUUAAUAAUAUGUCCAGUAGAGAUGACUGGAUCCUUUCAUUAUUUGCAGCUGUAGUAAUGGCAGUUAGUCCUCAAGCACAUAUUCCGAAUGUGAAAUCAAUGUUGCAUAUGUUUCUGAUACUCCUUCUCAAGGGCCAUAUUCCAGCAGCUCAGGCAUUGGGUUCUAUGCUUAAUAAAAUGAUUUUACAUACCAACACUGGAGACAUUUCAAGUGAUUGUUCCUUGGAAGAAGCUGUGAAUAUAAUUUUCAACACAACUUUGUGGAUUUUCCAUGAUAACAGCUCUCCAAGCACAUCCAGGGGAACUGAUGCAAAUGAGAUGGAUUUAACCACAUUAUGCUACAGUUUUAUAAAGGAUAGAUGCCUUCCAGUCCAUGUUAUUAUUGGACUGGCAUGGAUUGGAAAAGGUUUGCUUAUGCGAGGCCAUGAAAAAAUUAAAGACAUGACUAUGAUCUUUUUGGAGUGUUUACUGUCAGGUGGUGAAAAGAGUGCCCUACUUCCAAGUUCUGAGCAAGAUGUGUGCUAUUCUGUGAUGAAAACUGCAGCAGAUGCGUUUCAAAUUUUUAUGUGUGAUUCCGAAAUUUGUUUGAAUCAAAAGUUCCAUGCGGUGAUACGGCCACUGUACAAGCAGCGCUUUUUCUCAACUAUGUUGCCCAUAAUGAAGUCCUUAGUUGUUAAGGCGAACUCAUCACUCUCUAGACCUAUGCUAUAUCGGGCAUUUGCACAUAUUGUGACGGACACUCCAUUGGUUGUCAUCUUGAACAAUGCCAGAGGGCUAAUUCAAAUGAUGCUAGAUAGCUUGUCCAAUUUAAGCAAUGAUAUUCUGCAUAAAGAUGUUUUGUAUAGUCUACUGCUGAUCCUAUCUGCAAUAUUGACCGACAAAAUGGGACAAGAAGCGGCUACAGAGAAUGCACAUAUCAUCAUUAAUUGCCUCGUUGCCCUGAUUUCUUACCCGCAUAUGAUGCUUGUUCGAGAGACGGCAAUUCAAUCUGUUGCUAUGUCUGGGUUGCCGUAUACAAGAAUUUUCCCCGUGAGAAUUCAGGUAAUACAAGGUGUAGUAAAGGCACUUGAUGACCCAAAAAGAAUUGUUCGUCAAGAAGCUGUCAGAUGCCGGCAAGCAUGGGCAUCAACUGCAUCAAGAAGUCUUCAUUCGUGAGAAUUCAUGGAAAGCAUUUUCUAAGCCAUGCGACAGGGUGGAUACACAUUGCUUUUUUUUUAUUUUUAAUCCUAAAAAUGAAUGCUAUUUGUAAAUAGUUCAGUCAAUUUACUGUAUUUGUAAGAUUAAUUUUUAAAGUAAAUGAGUGUAGAGUAAGAUGGGUAUAAUUGUAACCAUGCUUAAACAGUUUUUUAAAGGAAAACAAUGGAAUUAUGAGUUAGUUCAGUCAA